AGGCUUUACAGAAAGAAAAAAAAAAAGGAAAAGAAAAGGGAGUCCAACCCCGUUGAAGAUUUCCUGUUCCAUGAAAAGUUUACUGCACAUCCUCAGUGUGUGCGAGUGUCUGUGUUUGAGAGAGAGAGGGAGAGAGAGACGUAGGCUAUAGGCAAGUUGAGCUUCUGCUGAGGCGCAACAGGCGGGCCGAAAGAAAGAGACUCUCGUUUGGGGUGUUAACGGUGACUUUAGCCGAAGCAUAAGUCACUUCAUGAGAAGGACGGCGGGGUUUGGUCCGCGUCUAAAUGGCGCUACUUCGGUUUUCCGCUUUUUGGUAUGGAACGAUACUCUGUCUUAGCAUACUUUCAGACAACUUGGAGGCGACCCCAGGCUUGCUGAAGCAGAGUCAGCUGUGUAAGUUCUGUGACGUUCGGCCAACCAACUGCACCGGCGUCGGCCGGUGUGAGGCGGGCUGCGAGAUCAGCUCUACCUGCGCUCACACCAGUGAAGUCUGUGUCACUAUCUGGAGGAAGAAGGAUGACAACGUCACCAUGGAUACGAUAUGCCACAACCCGGCCUUGAGGCUGCAUGGGCUGUUGCUGGACGACUACAACAACACCAAGUGUGAGAUGAAGGAGCGGAAAGGCAUGGGCUACAAGUUUUUCAUCUGCUCCUGCACUUAUGAAGAGUGCAAUGAACACAUCUAUUUCUCCCCGUUCUCAGACCUGCUGGAGCAGGUGGUGUCGGUGAUCCUGGUGAGCCUCGUGCCCCUGCUGGUGCUGGCCGUCCUGGUGGUAACCUCUUUCUACAUCUACCGGGUGUACCGCCAGCGGCACGCCCGGCCCUUACGCAAGAGGGGCCAGCCGCUGCACUACCACGACGAGCACGCCAACAUGAUGGACGACGAGGGCUCGGACAGCAGCUCCACGCACGCCAACAACCUCAACCACAACACGGAGCUGCUGCCCAUCGAGCUGGACGCCCAGGUGGGCAAGGGCCGCUUCGCCGAGGUCUACCGGGCCAAGCUGAAGCAGGGCACCGUGGUGGUGGGCGGCGUCGGCGGGGUCACGGGCACGGAGCAGGCCUUUGAGACGGUGGCCGUCAAGAUCUUCCAGGACGAGGAGUACGCCUCGUGGAAGAACGAGAAGGACAUCUUCUCGGAUGCCGACCUGCGGCACGAGAACGUGCUGCACUUCCUGACGGCGGAGGAGCGCAAGGUGCACAAGCAGUACUGGCUGAUCACGGCGUACCACCCGCGCGGCAGCCUCCAGGAGCACCUCAUCCACCACGUCGUCAGCUGGCGGGACCUGUGGACGCUGGGCGGCUCGCUGGCCCGAGGCAUCGCCCACCUCCACAGCGACCGCACGCCCUGCGGACGCUACAAGGUGCCCAUCGUGCACCGGGACAUCAAGAGCUCCAACGUGCUGGUCAAGGGUGACCUCACCUGCGUCCUGUGCGACUUUGGCCUCGGGCUGCGCCUGGACAACUCCCUGUCGGUGGACGAGCUGGCCAACAGCGGGCAGGUGGGCACCGCCAGGUACAUGGCUCCAGAGGUGCUGGAGUCCAGGAUCAACCUGGAGAACAUCGAGUCCUUCAAGCAGACGGACGUCUACUCCAUGGCCCUGGUCCUGUGGGAGAUCACGUCCAGGUGCAGUGCUAUCGGAGAGGUGAAGGAGUAUGAGCCCCCUUUUGGCAAGGUGAGAGAGCACCCGUGUGUGGAGAGCAUGAAGGACAGUGUGCUCAGAGACAGAGGCCGGCCUGAGAUCCCCAACACCUGGAUCAACCACCCGGGCAUCCAGACGGUGUGCGCCAGUAUCGACGAGUGCUGGGACCACGACCCGGAGGCGCGGCUGACGGCACACUGCGUGGCCGAGCGCUUCAACGAGAUGGAGCACCUGGACAAGCUGUCCAACCACUCAGACGAGAUCCAGUACAGCGAGCCCUGAGCCAGGUCUCUGUCUGAGUGUGUGAGUGAGUGCGCAGUGGAUUGAGAAGCACUCUAGACUGCAACAUCGCGCCCUGUUGGUGACGCCGGAGACCUACAACCAGAGGGGGAAGAAACAGAAAAACAUUCCAGUGGAUGUUUUGUUUACUCUGGGCGUCUCCCCGAAAUGCGUGCGGUGGACAGAGCGGCGAAUGGAAAGAAGCUGUCGGUUUAGGUCCAGCCGAGGCGCAAGUUACUUCAAAGUGCAGUUGCUCCGAGGCCAGGGGAAAUACAGUAUAAAGCUUUAAGAAAUACCUCUUGCACUUUAUUAUUAUCUAUGCAAACCAAAUGUUGUAUAUUCAGAAAGCAAUUAUUGCUUAGGGCAACCAUAGGAAACAGAGGGACUAAGUUUGUGUAUUAUUAAGUAUGAUAAAUAUAUAACUAUGCUUUUCAUAAUAGAGCUUACGGAUGGAACGGGAGCAAAUAGGACAUGUUUAUAUCUAGAUUUUCUAUCGCAAGCAAGGAUUAUGUCGGUGACAGGGUCACACACUAAUCUUCCUUGCCUUUCCGUGUAUUGGACUUUGUGUGUGUGCGUGUGUGUGUGUGUGUGUGUGUGUGUGUGUGUGUGUGUGUGUGUGUGUGUGUGUGUGUGUGGAUUUUUGUGUGGGGUUGUGGGUUUCAUUGUUUUUUUUCAUUGCCACUGAAAGGGGCGGAAAGGUGAACGACCAACAGGGCAACCAAAGCCUCGAAGUGCGGAAACAUCCGCUCACGUCUCCGCACACAUUAACCGCGAAUGACCCUGAGCUUUGUAAUAAAACCUCAUCCAAAGCAAUAAACCAAGUGGAAAACUGAUAUCAUAUCCCUGUUGAACUGUACAAAAAUAAUACAAGAUAAUUUAUGACACAAGCUGGCUCUGGGCAGUCAAAGGAAGCCUGUUUAAUGGUCUGGAGAGGAUAACAGCAACAGAAUGAGGACAAAAGGACUGGAUGCACAUUAAGUAACCACAUCAUUUCUGCCACAGCCUGGACUUCUUAAUAGACCUUAUUUUUGCACAAAAAGAGAAAAUCCUUUUUGAUCUUUUUCUCAUUACAAGACUUCAAUGAAGCCUGUUUGCUUGCCAUGUUUGCCACCCUUUAUUAAAAGACUUCCAGUAUUCUGUC